AUGGCCUCGCUUCCAGCACAUGAGCGGACGAGACAAAAGAAACAACAAGCCCAGCCUUCUCACCAGGUCGCAGCAACAGCCCUAGCUGCGGAGAUCGCUGCCAAGAGAGAGCAGCUGGCACCACGGAAGAAGUUCUCCUUCAAGCGCCGCACCCCGGCACCCGGGUCAGCGCCCGCAGGCUAUAGCGAGGCGGGGACUACGGGCAAGCCAGCAGAGACAGCCAGUGGCGCAGCUGGCGAAGAUGCCUUCCUCGGCGAGCGCAUCGCCGAGCUCCGUGGCGAGCGGAUACUGCGGAAACCUGGGGACCUUGAGGGCCGCGACGUCUCCCUGAGGGAUCUGGAAGACUGCCGCAUAGUUCUGCUGGAUCGGGUGGGCGCGCUGCACGUCCAGCAGCUCACCCGCUGCGAGGUGGUUGUCGGGGCAGUCUCGUCCUCCGCGCUGAUCCACUUUUGCAAAGACUGUGUGUUCACCUUAGCGGUGAAGCAGCUCCGGCUCCACGACUCGGAGAAGGUAGCGCUCCACCUACAUACGUUGUCUGGGCCGAUCAUCGAGACCUCCAAGAGGAUCGCCUUUGCCCCCUUGGACCUCAACUGGGACACAGGAGCAGACCUUUUGACAGCUGCCUCGCUGGGAAGCUCCUCGGGCGAGGACGGCGUCUGGAGCGAGGUCCAGGACUUCAACUGGCUCAAGCGUCAGGCGUCGCCCAACUGGCGCGUGGUUCCUCCAGGAAGGCGGAGGGCGCCACUGAGCCUGAGCACUGCAGAGGAGGUGUUACAGCACUACAGCCAGCUGCCGCUACCACCUGCCCUGCCCGAAGUGGCGCAGUACGAGAGCUGUUGGGAAAGCAGCGCAGCUGCUGGUGCCGACGACGAAUUCUGA